AUGGCCGACUUUCUCCUCCACGAGGGUCCAAUGGGCUACUCCCUAUUCAAAGUUGUGCAUCAGGUUGACACAAUUGGCAACAGAUUGAAGGAGGUUCAGGAUAGUGUACAAGAUCUUGCAAAAUUUGGCAAGAUGGUGCAACUCGUCAGUUUUCUGCCAUUCGAAAAUGGUAAACAGGCUCUGGAAGAGCUUCACGACAUCUCAGAAGGAAUCGCAUCGGACUUCCUGCGCUCAUUUCUCGAAUUAAACCUUCCGAAGACGAAAGCUGUGCUUGGUGUAUCAGACAAGAUUCUUGCAGGAAGCAUUAAAUCGGCCUUUCCUAAGAUUGAAUGCGAGACAGGAGACACCAGUGAAGUGGUCCAAGAUAUGUUAAGAGGAAUUCGACUUCACUCGGAUAAGCUGCUGAAGCAGUUGAGGGAAGGCGACACCAAUACUGCGCAAUUGGGCUUGGGUCAUGCAUACUCAAGGGCGAAAGUCAAGUUCUCAGUACAGAAGAACGACAAUCACAUCAUCCAAGCUAUUGCGAUCUUGGACCAAUUAGACAAAGCCGUCAACACCUUUUCCAUGAGAGUACGAGAAUGGUAUUCCUGGCAUUUCCCAGAAUUGGUGAAGAUUGUCUCGGAAAACCAGAAAUAUGCCAAAGUCGCGCUGUUUGUCAAGGACAAGAAGACAUUGUCGGUAGACAAGUUGCAUGACUUAGCUGCUCUGGUAGACGAUGAUGAGGACAUCGCAAAGGGUAUCAUCGAAGCAGCCACCAGGAGUAUGGGCCAAGACAUUUCCGCAGCCGAUAUGGAGAAUGUCACUUUGUUCGCACAAAGGGUGAUCAGCUUGGCGAAUUACAGAAAGACGCUACACAGCUAUCUCGUCUCCAAGAUGGGAGUAGUGGCCCCUAAUCUUGCUACACUGAUUGGAGAGGUAGUAGGAGCGAGAUUAAUUUCCCAUGCGGGUAGUUUAACCAAUCUCUCGAAGUAUCCUGCUUCCACUGUCCAGAUUCUUGGAGCAGAGAAGGCUCUUUUUAGAGCGCUCAAAACGAAGGGCAACACACCAAAGUACGGUCUUCUCUACCAUUCCUCGUUCAUUGGCCGAGCUGGACAGAAGAACAAGGGAAGGAUAUCAAGAUUCUUAGCAAAUAAAUGCUCAAUGGCGUCAAGAAUAGACAACUUCUCGGAAACUCCGUCAACUGUCUUUGGGGAGGCUCUGAAAAAGCAAGUGGAGGAAAGACUCGACUUCUACUCGUCUGGUGCUCCACCUACAAAGAAUGCAGUGGCUAUGCAACAAGCAAUGGACACGGUUCUUGGCCAGAUGGACAUCGGGGAUCCUAGCGCCAAAGUCGAUGAAGACACGGAGAUGGGUGAUAUCGCUCCUCAAGGUGUCCAAAAGCAGGAAAAGCAGAAGAAGGACAAGACGGAGAAGAAGCAGGGUAAGGACAAAAAGAAGGAGAAGAAGUCGAGGUCACGCCAGGAUGAUGCGGUCGAAUCUAAAAAGCGGAAGCAUGUUGAAGUCAAUGGUAUUGUUAGGACUGAGGGCAAGAAGAAGAAAAAGAAGUCGAGCGUUGAGUAA